AUGGAGUGCAUUCAUUUAUCUAAGAAAUUUCAAGCAACUCGCUGGAAAACUUCAUCGGAGCAAUUGGACAUUAGUUACAAAAACGAUACUUCUUCUUGUGCUAAGUUUGGUAGACAUAAAAAUAAUUUUUGUGCAUACCUAUUUGUUUUCUGGUAUACAGUAUCCCAUGAAAUAUAUUUGUAAUAUCUCCAGAAAUAAUAAUUAUUAUCAAAUUCUUCUUUUAUUAUUAGUACUCACGGAGAUAAAGAAUCCAAAUAUUUAUAUUGCAAUUAAUUUUUUAAGCUUUGAUAAAAAAAUUUAAAAAAUAACUUUUUAUUUUACAGUUUUUGAAAAAUUUGAAGAUAGCCAUUUUAUAGAGUUUUUUUUUUUUAAAAAUAUUUUACUUAAAUUAUAAAAAUUAAUUGCAAUAUCAAUAUUUGUAGUCCUUAUCCCUGUGAGUAAUGUAAAAAAUAAAAAAAAAAAUGUGAUUAUCUUAUUCAUCUCCGAAGAUAUUACGAUGGGUAAUCUUGAGUAAUCAAUGGGACACCCUGUAUGAUAAGUAGGUCGUUAAAUUACUAUAUUAUAUGUUAAAUUGUAAAAAUAAAAUGACUGAAGAAUGAAGAUUAAACAAAUGUUCAUUGUUAAAUGUCUGUUCUGUUAUUUUACAUAUCGUUUGUUUUAUUAUAUUGUAUCCUCUAUUUUAAAAGUCAAUUAAUUUAAAAUUAUUUUAUUGGGUAAUUAUUGCCACUUAAUUUAGAAAAUUUAAUAUACGAAUGUGAUUUAAUUUAAUUUUAUAUUAUUUAUGUACUAUUAUUGUUUAUAUUGUGCUGUUGAAUAUUAUGAACACAUAUUUAUAAAAAAAAAAAGUAUUAUGUCCACUGAGUUAAGUCCAGGACAUGUCAUUUUCUGCACUAAAUAUCUCAAUAAAUUACUGCAACAACUCGGUUCUUAUUCAGAUCUUAUUAUUACCAGCCAACAGUUUUUCAUUCCGUUAUUUAUUAAUGCCAUUUUGAGUCGAUCGGUUUCUAAGUUUGUGUUGUAAAAAUAUUAUACAAAUAAAAAAAAUUGCAGAGCGAGGACAUGUCCAACAAUAAUUUAAAACUGUUACCAGUGGUGUGUUCAUAUUAGUUUACGAAAGUUUAGUCUUGCUUAGACAUAUUUUUUUUUUGUGUCUUCUGUGAAAUUUAAUUUUAAAGAUAAUUCUCUUUUCUAAAAUUAGUGAUUUAUAUAUUCUCUUACAUAGACUGUAGACUUUAAGUUAACUUAUAAAACUAAGAGGUUAUAAUACAGUGGUAAUGCGAGAAUUUUUUAUAAGGGAGGGCCAAUUGGGUGCUAUUUAAUUUUUGGUAGGGCCGAAAGAAAUAUUAAUUUUAUAACUGAAGUAUACCCAUAGUUACAAAAUAGGCUAUAACAAGCUAAUAUAAGUCAGGGGUGGAUUCAGAUUUGUAUUAAGAGCAGAAGAAGGUAAAGGAGAAAGUCGAAUAGUGCAUAUUCAAAAAAAUAAGUAUCUAAUUAUGUGUGCGUGACUGUGUGUGUAUUUAAAAUAAUUUAUACGAAAUAAUUUUGUUAUUGUGUUAAAUACAACAUUGUUAUCGAUUAAUAUAUACCAAAUAGUAAACUUAUAACUAAUAGGUACUGAUGACCAAAUGAUUAAAAAAUAAAAACACGCGUAAUCAUUAAAUUUAAAACAAAAUCUAGUCGUCUAUUGGAUUUUGCAAGCACGUCGAUCACAUCCUCAGAAUUCAUUAUGUCACGAUACGAAUGUAAUGAAGACAGUCAAUCGAUCUUCCAAUAUCCACGAUCUUAUGCGUGUUUUUAUUCACCGUAAAGAUGAUGAAUUGCGUUUCGCUGAUGCAGUGGUCGCUGGUAAUGUUUCCAGUAUAUUUGAAAAAAUAUUGAUUCGAGGAAAGCAAUCUUAG